CAGAACAUACCAAAUUUUCACGGCAUAAUCCAUAGUUGGACCGGACCAAUGCAGAUUCGUGAAAUUGGGACCCAAGAAAACUCACCUAGCCAAGUGUGUGAUUUGGAUUUGGAUCUAAAUCCAAUAAGUUUAAAUUUAUUUUUGGUAAAUAGGAUGAUUUAAAUUAUUCGAGUAUAGAUACUCUUGUGGGAGUUAGAAAAUAAAAUAUUAACCGAAAAAACCUAUAAUGAAGAUUCCAUAUGCUUUGCUGCAUAAGAUGCAAUUUAACUGGGCAAGCUAUUAACUUUCGAAACUUCAAUUGAUUCGCCAGCAUCCCCUGUCUCCUUUCUUAAUUUUUCCCAUUCACCUUUUUAAUAUUCAGUUGAGCAAAAGAAUGAUUGAUCUUCUUUUAUGAUAUCAACCAUUAGAUCGUAUUUUGUACAGAUCUCAAAACACUUCAACCAAAUAAGAAAUGGGACUGGGAUCUCGCUUGCCUCCCUUCCUUCCUCUCUCCAUCCAUUUUGUAAUCUAGGUCAUUGAUUAGAGCUUCUGCUAUCCUCUGCCUUUUAAUUGCUGACAUAGAUACGACUCAGAGAGACAAAUCAUUCAUUUGGAGACAGCUGUUUAUUUUUUUCUUUUUAAAUCCAACUUCCAUCAAUUAGCUGUUUGCAAGACAAGAUAUCUGAGAAGCGAUUUCAUCUUUUCUAUUGCAUUUAUUUCCAGUUUUCACAAGUCUUUUUUUUUUUUGUGGAUGGAACCAGACUUCACUUAGUCAAACCAUAAUUUCUUUUUCCUUAACAUCCUUCGGCUACUUCUUUCCUUCCUCGCACUUAUCUUGCUGUCCCCGAAUAUCAUUUUCAAGUCGUUAAGAUGACAUCAGGACAUAAUCACAGAGAUUUUAGUCAAAAUUUGUAUUCCUCAGGCCUUAUGCCUAUGGAAUUGUUAAAUAUGGAUAAUCCAGCUUUAUCGUUCUAAAGUCAACUGCUCUUCUAACUAACCUUUUAUUGCCCUACAAGUUUGAAGUUUGACAAGUAUAUAUAAUUCUUUAUUUGUAAGAUUAUAAAAUUGUCAUUUAGUGGACAUUGUUAUGGUUUGCUUUGCAUAUAGAAUGUAGGUUCUUUUCAAAUGCCACUUCUUGCAUUUUAUUGGAGAGUUUAACAGAAAUACAGGGAUUAAUACUGUGCCAACUUCAAACUUCGUUUUGGAAACAUCAUGCACUUUUGUCUGUUGAAGUUGUUGAAGCAUUUCUACAAACAAAGAGGUAUAAGGUGGAGAAUAAGCCAAUCAUGCAAGUCGGCAAACAACAAAGAAUAUGGAACAGACCUGGAUUCACCACUAUUUGAUUUUAACAUGAUAAAGGCAGCAACAAACAAAUUUGCUACUGAAAAUAAGCUUGGAGAAGGAGGAUUUGGUCCAGUUUACAAGGGUAGACUUCCUGAUGGACAAGAAAUAGCAGUGAAAAAACUAUCCAGAGGCUCGGGACAGGGCUUAAAAGAAUUUGAGAAUGAGGUGGAACUGAUAUUGAAACUCCAACACAGGAACCUAGUUAAGCUUUUGGGUUGCUGCACUCAUGGAGAAGAGAAGCUUUUGAUCUACGAGUUCAUGCCCAACAAAAGCUUGGAUGACUUUCUCUUUGAUGCAAUGAAUAAAAGAAUUUUAGAUUGGGAAAAACGCUACAGCAUUGUUGAAGGAAUUGCACGAGGGCUUCUCUACCUUCAUCGGGAUUCUAGGUUGAAGAUUAUCCACCGAGAUUUGAAAGCGAGCAACAUUCUACUAGAUGAAAAGUUCAAUCCAAAAAUAUCUGACUUUGGAAUGGCACGAAUGUUUGGUGGGGAUCAAAUUCAAGCAACAACAAACAGAGUUGUUGGAACAAUCUUCGGUGUCUUACUUUUGGAGAUAGUAAGCGGCAAGAGGAAUAGUUAUUUUGUUGAUGGUGAUCAAGCUCUUAACCUUUUGGGAUAUGCAUGGACAUUGUGGAAGGAAAACAGAGUCGAAGAGCUAAUUGAGCCAUCACUGGGGAACUCAUUGUCUUAUUCAGAAGUGCUCAAAUGUAUUCAAGUGGGACUACUGUGUGUUCAAGAAAACCCAACAGAUAGACCAACCAUUUCUUUGGUAGUCUCUAUGCUAAGUAGUAAUGCAAAUCUUCCUUCUCCAAAACAAGCCGCAUUCUUUGGAGGGAGAAGUCUAGAAGAGAGCAAUGAAGCAUGCUCUAUAAAUUAUCUCAGUUACACUAAUUUAGAUUGCAGAUAAUUUAUAAAGUAAUACAAAAUCUAUAAACUUAACUCUAGAAGUAUUAUAAUGAUUGUGUGCCAAAACUCCAGCAACACGUUAUAUUGCUGCUGAAAUCAAUAAAUGGCAUCUUUGUUACAGCAUGAAGACAGCAGUAUUGUGAAGAUUAA